AUGCCGCCAAAACCUCGCCGCUGCCGCCGCCACCGCCGCACUCUGCAGCGUGCAUGUGUGUGCACGUGUGAAGAUCCAUCCUGGUCCUCUUGUGAAGAGAGCAGAGGGAUCAUCGGGUUAUAUAAGAGAGAUGAGGUAUCAUUAAGGGGACGGAGGGCGACAAUGGGGAGGGGGUUACCCCAAGGGACUGGGCCGCAUUCCAGCACUUUUUCCUCCCCCUCCUCUCCCUCUCUCUCUCUCUCUCUCUCACACACACACACAGAAAACUCCCCCGGGCCAGCACGCGACAGGUGCUGACAAGAGCCCCUCUCCUUCCUCCUCACACAUCCACUCAUGCCCCCUUCAUGCCCAUUACAACACAUGCUGCCACCAUCCUGCAGCAGCCUGACCCGGUUCCUCCUGACCCAGCUCCUCCUGACCCGGCUCCUCCUGACCCGGCUCCUCCUGACCCGGCUCCUCCUAACCCAGCUCCUCCUGACCCGGCUCCUCCUGACCCGGUUCCUCCUGACCCGGCUCUUCCUCCAGCAGCUGUCAGAUAA